AGCGCGCCGGCUGCAGAGAGCGCGAGCUGCGGCCAGCCCGCACGCCCCGCACUCCCCACACUCCGGCCCGGCGUUCCAGAGGGUUUGGCUCGCGCUUCGCCCAGUCCGCCGACUCAGCGGGCGCCGAGCGGCCAUGACCGCCGAGGAGAUGAAGGCGACCGAGAGCGGGGCGCAGUCUGCGCCGCUGCCCCUCGAGGGCGUGGACAUCAGCCCGAAGCAGGACGAAGGCGUGCUGAAGGUCAUCAAGAGAGAGGGCACAGGCAAAGAGACCCCCAUGAUUGGGGACCGAGUGUUUGUCCACUACACCGGCUGGCUGUUAGAUGGCACAAAGUUUGACUCCAGUCUGGACCGCAAGGACAAAUUCUCCUUUGACCUGGGAAAAGGGGAGGUCAUCAAGGCUUGGGAUGUUGCCGUGGCAACCAUGAAGGUGGGCGAAUUGUGCCGUAUCACCUGCAAACCCGAAUAUGCCUACGGUUCGGCAGGCAGCCCUCCGAAGAUCCCCCCCAACGCCACUCUGGUGUUUGAGGUGGAGUUGUUCGAGUUCAAGGGCGAGGACCUGACAGACGAAGAAGAUGGUGGGAUCAUCCGCAGAAUACGGACUCGGGGAGAAGGCUAUGCGAGGCCCAAUGACGGCGCAAUUGUGGAGGUCGCACUGGAAGGCUACUACAAGGACCGGCUCUUUGACCAGCGGGAGCUGCGCUUUGAGGUCGGCGAGGGCGACAGCCUGGAUCUGCCCUGCGGGAUAGAGAAGGCUAUUCAGCGCAUGGAGAAGGGAGAACAGGCCAUCCUGUACCUCAAGCCCAGUUACGGUUUUGGCGAUGAGGGGAAGGAAAAGUUCCAGAUCCCCCCCGGUGCCGAGCUGAAGUAUGAGUUACACCUCAAGAGUUUUGAGAAGGCCAAGGAGUCGUGGGAGAUGAACUCCGAGGAAAAACUGGAGCAGAGUGCCAUCGUGAAAGAGCGGGGCACCGUGUACUUCAAGGAAGGCAAGUACAAGCAAGCCUUGCUUCAGUACAAGAAGAUUGUGUCCUGGCUGGAGUACGAGUCGAGUUUCUCCGCUGAGGAGGUGCAGAAGGCACAGGCCCUGCGCCUGGCCUCCCACCUCAACCUGGCCAUGUGUCAUCUGAAGCUGCAGGCCUUCCCGGCAGCCAUUGAAAACUGCAACAAGGCCCUGGAAAUGGAUAGCAGCAAUGAGAAGGGCCUCUUCCGUCGAGGAGAGGCCCACCUGGCUGUGAAUGACUUUGACCUGGCUCGGGCUGACUUCCAGAAGGUCCUGCAGCUCUACCCCAGCAACAGAGCUGCCAAAGCCCAGCUGGCAGUGUGCCAGCAGCGGAUCCGCAAGCAGCUCGCCCGGGAGAAGAAGCUCUAUGCCAACAUGUUUGAGAGGCUGGCGGAGGAGGAGAGCAAGGUGAGGACUGAAGUGGCAGCUGGUGACCACUCGGACGCGGAGAUGAAGGACGGACAGAGCAGCAUGGCUGGGAGCCAGUCCCAGGUGGAGGCAGAAGCAUAGCCCGCCCGCCCUUGCCCUGCGACUGCCCGCCUCUGCCCCCCCUCCCCUGCUCCACCCUGUUAGUUUUGUAAAAAUUGAAGAAUUUUGAGUGAUUUAAACCUUUAUUUUUGUAUCUGGUUGGAUGAUGGCUUUUGGGGGGAAGGGAGAAGAGAGUAGGCUGGGGGCAUUGAGGGGAGGGCUGGUAUUGUCGCCCGCUUCCCUUCCCCCGUCCCAUGAACGUGUGUCCACCCACACACCGCUCAGCUGAAUGUUCAUCGCUUUGGUGCCCUCUGUUAGGUCUGGUGCGAACGGUGGAAGGGGCAAAUGAUAGGGAUGGCAGGGGUGCUUUCUGAUGUGAAAGCAGGGUGGAGAGGGAGAUUGACUCCUGGGCAGCCAUUUUCGUUAUUCUUGCCCCCUCCCAGUCCCUUUCCAAACUGUGGCCUCCAUGUGGGUGCUGGGGCGUGGGGAAAACCAUUGCUAUGCUCAUCACUUCGCUGUCCCGCCUCACCCCAGGCCAUGUGGCAGACGGUGUCUUCUGGUGUCAUGAUCAGCCCUAACCUCUGUUCUGGUGUUUGCCUUCCAUCAGUUUCCCUUCUCACCCACGUUGUACCUCCACUCCCAUCCCCUCAGCCUCUUCUCUGCACGUUGCUGAAGGUCCAGGCCUCAAGUUCCAUGCUUGAGCAAUAAAGUGGAAGCAAUGAAA